GCAGCGCGACACAUUACUUUGUAAAGUAACUAUUAGUAACUUACAACUGCAUCCACACCUUUCUGAAGCCGCCAUUCCGAUACCGCAAAUUCACCAUUGCGAGCCAGUUCGAUUGUGCUUCAAUUGGAGUCUCGGUCUCAGGGAUGUCGAAGCGAGAGAAAGCUUUCUAGGAAAAUAUACUAAACAAGAAAUCAAGAAUGCACCACCCAUACAUACAUCAUUUACCUGCUAGACGGCAGAGACGCACUGAUCAAUAAAAUAUUAUAAAGUUGCAUGACGGGAAGCUCGUGAAAUUAGUCAAAAUAUCAUUCUUUUCUACCUGUAGGAGUUUUUGCGUGGCUGGCAACAGUGACAUACUACAUAUCGACCCACUGUUAACAUGUCUCUCAGAUCAAGAUCCUUGAAUUUCAAACAUUUCAAUGUCUCUUUUCCUCAAGAACGAAUCGUGCAGGUUACUUUGAAUAGACCCGAGAAGCUCAAUUGUAUCGAUCAAGCCACGAGUCGUGAAAUCCAGAAAGUAUGGGAGCUUUUUGAUCAAGAUGAAAGCCUAUGGGUUGGAAUUAUCACCGCCGUGGGGAGAGCUUUUUGCACUGGAGCUGAUUUACAAGAAUGGAACGAGAUGAAUAGAGCAGGGGUUGUCAAUGAUAUGUCUGCACCUGGUCUUGCAGGACUCCCACGUCGAAGUGGCAAAAAGCCUAUUAUUGCUGCAGUCAAUGGCAUAUGCAUGGGAGGGGGAUUCGAGAUGAUAACCAAUUGCGAUGUCGUAGUCGCUGCCUCCACGGCCGUGUUUUCUCUUCCUGAAGCGAAGCGUGGGAUCGUCCCUGUGGCGGGGUGUCUACCGAGGCUAGUUCGCACCCUUGGUUUGCAACGCACCUCGGAUUUGGUAUUAACCGGUAGAAAAGUAAGUGCGCAGACUUUGUGUGAUUGGGGACUUAUCACUCGAGUGGCAGAGUCUGGUACAGAUGUUGUUGAUCUUGCUGUUCAAGUUGCUCAAGAUAUGUGCACUAACAGUCCCGAUGCGUUAAUUAUUGGUCGGAUGGGAAUUAGAUUGGGCUGGGAAGCCGGAAGCGUAGAGGAAACUGUGACGACUUUGGCUGAUGAAUGGUAUCCUCGUCUGGUUAAAAGUCCUAAUUUUGCCGAAGGUAUUCAAGCAUAUGUGGACAAACGACCACCGAAGUGGGUAAACUCAAAGUUGUGAGAGGGUGUGAUGGCGAUUCAAGAUACUGCAGCGCUAUUUCAGGAAGGAGAAAUGGUGUACAUAGGCUCGAGAUACGCAGAUGAGACAGAGUUCUUCAAAGCAGCUGUUUAUUUUCAUGUGUUGAGAGAAAAUUUUGAGCGUGUAGUGGAGACAGCCAAGGAAAAGCGGAGAAGGACAUGUAGUUAUUAUCUUAUCAGAUGACAUGGAUAAAUAUCUAAUCAAUCUUAUUAAUUUAUUUCGCUCA